AUGUCAGAGAAAUCAGAGGACCUGAAGGGUUUGAUGCCCACAGAAAGGAAGUCCACGUGGAGGACUGCAGAGGAGAGGCGAAUGUCCGACCUCACGUGGGUGCUGCAGUGGCAGGAGCGGAGGCAAGGCAAGAAGAAGCCACCAUUCCAGACUGGCCUGGAGGCGCCUCCGUGGGCCCCUCCCCUGCUGGACCCUGGGCUCCCUGCUUGCCCUGCAGGAGUAGAAGGCCAGGUGCACACACGAGCAAGUCCACCCGAGGCCCAUAUGCUUGGCCCUCAAGGGGUCAAGAGGAACACCCGGGAAAAGAGAAAGAAGUCCAAACCCAAAGUGACGACAGACCCUAAAGCAACUGGGAAGGAAGAAAAGAAAGCCAAAGCCAAAAGCAUCCUGAAACAGCAGGAAGGGACCCGCCAGGUGGCAUUCACUGAGCCGGUGGAAGAGGCCAAGCUAGAUACCAUUCCCCCGCGUGUAACUUCUCUCCUGCUCUCCUCCAAGGCCUCGGGGCAAAGCAACCAGAGAGUCGGGGACCCUGUCACAUACCAAAUGCUCUAUGGAGUGGAGGCAAAGGGAAAACGCCUCAGCAUGGUCCCCGGCAACUAUGCCAGGGACGGCCACAGGAAAUCUGGUAAGGGAGGCACCUUUGUCCUGGGGGCCGGGAUUGUCCUGCCCACCUGCCCUCCUCUGAGAGGGACUAAAAGCUCACACCACUCUUCGGAAAUAGACCCAGUCACUCUAGAGCCCACCCAGUGGCCAACGACGUCAUACCAGCGACACAGCAUCACAGAACCCACGUUACCGGACAGCCCCUUUGCCCGGCGGAGGUCCACGCUCUUGAGAGACUGGUUAGGCAAGUUACCCGACAGCAGCCGCGAGCACAAGCUGAAGAGCCUCGCGGAGAAGGGCACCGAGCCCAAGAUGCAGAUGGUGAACAUGCCGAAGCCAGAAGAGGUGUUGAGGUGCCGAUACCUGAGGUUGUCCAAGAACAACAUUCGAACCUUGCUUAAGCUGUGCAAGGAUGCAGGAAUGAACGUGGACAUCCACCCCCACAUGGUAGAAGACAUAGACGCUGAGAAGGUGUUUGGCCAAAACCCCAACAUUGCCCUCUAA